CUGGCGCUGUGUCCCGGUCCCCGGCCAGUGAUGGCGGCCUCUCUGGCUGCAGCAGUUCCCGGGGCUCCGGCCGAGGAAUCCUCAGACAGCGAACCGGAGCCCGAGCCGCAGAAGCUGCGCAGGAAAGUGUCCACCUCCGGGCAGAUCCGGCGAAAGGCAAUUGUAAAAGAAGGCCACCUGCAGAAACAGACCAGCUCCUUCCAGAGAUGGAGAAGACGCUACUUCAAACUGCGUGGGAGGACGCUGUAUUAUGCCAAAACUGCAAAGUCUAUCAUAUUUGAAGAAGUGGACAUAACAGACGCUAGUGUUGCAGAGUCCAGCACUAAAAACCUGAAUAACAGCUUUACGGUAUUUACCCCAUUUCGCAAACUGAUCCUUAGUGCUGAUAACAGGAAGGACAUGGAGGACUGGAUGGCAGCUCUCAAAUCUGUGCAGAGCCGCGAGCUCUUUGAGUCUGCACAGUACAGUAUGGACCAUUUCUCAGGAAUGCAUAACUGGUAUGCCUGCUCUCAUGCUCGCCCGACUUACUGCAAUGUGUGCCGAGAAGCCCUUUCAGGGGUUACCUCUCAUGGACUUUCAUGUGAAGUGUGCAAGUUUAAAUCUCACAGAAGAUGUGCGGUGAGGGCCACCAAUAACUGCAAAUGGACAACUUUGGCCUCUAUUGGGAAGGACAUUAUAGAGGAUGAGGAUGGAGUAUCAAUGCCACACCAGUGGCUGGAAGGGAACCUACAUGUGAGCGCUAAGUGUACUGUGUGUGAGAAGACAUGUGGAAGUGUCCUCCGUCUUCAGGACUGGCAGUGCUUGUGGUGCAAGGCAGCGGUACACACAUCUUGUAAAGAUCAUCUUCCUAACAAAUGUCCCUUGGGACAGUGUAAAGUGUCAGUAAUUCCUCCGACAGCUCUUAACAGCAUAGAUUCAGAUGGGUUUUGGAAGGCUAGUUGCCCCCCCUCCUGCACUAGUCCCUUGCUUGUGUUUGUCAAUUCAAAGAGUGGAGACAACCAAGGGGUGAAGUUUCUGCGGCGUUUCAAACAGCUGCUCAACCCGGCUCAAGUAUUUGACUUAAUGAAUGGCGGACCUCAUCUAGGCUUGCGCCUGUUUCAGAAGUUUGACACAUUCCGUAUUUUGGUGUGUGGAGGUGAUGGAAGUGUUGGGUGGGUUCUUUCUGAAAUCGAUACUCUUAACCUUCACAAACAGUGCCAACUCGGAGUUCUGCCUCUAGGGACCGGGAAUGAUCUGGCUCGGGUGCUUGGAUGGGGCUCUGCUUGUGACGAUGACACUCAGCUCCCCCAAAUUCUGGAGAAACUGGAAAGAGCUGGAACAAAAAUGCUAGACAGGUGGAGCAUCAUGGUGUAUGAAACCAAGCUUCCUGCCCAAACUCCAGACUCCUGCACAGCAAUGGAGCCAAAUGAAGAUUGCGAGGUGCAGCAAAUCUUGGGCUAUGAGGACUCAGUGGCUGCUCAUCUAUCACAGAUUCUUAGCUCAGACCAGCACUCUGUGGUUAUCUCAUCAGCAAAGGUAUUAUGUGAGACGGUGAAGGAUUUUGUCGCACGGGUUGGGAAAGCUUACGAGAGGAUGACAGAGAGCUGUGAAGAGUCAGAAACAAUGGCAGGAAAGUGUUCUCUUCUGCGAGAAAAGUUGGAUUCCCUCUUAAAAACAUUGAAUGAGGAAUCGCAGGCUACGUCGGUCCUUUCCCAGCCACCUCCAACCAUUCGUGAAGAAGGAGAGGAAAACUUGGAAAUGGACACAACGAGUCAGCCAUCGAUGUCUCCUUCCCCGGGCCGUGCACAAACUUUCAAGCCUCGUGAGCAGCUGAUGCUUAGAGCUAACAGCUUAAAGAAGGCAAUUCGUCAAAUCAUAGAGCAAGCAGAGAAAGCUGUGGAUGAGCAAAAUGCACAGACUCCAGAUUCAGAAGACUUCAUGAUGGCCUUUCCCCCUGAGGAUGGAAAAGUACAAAAAUGUGAUAGCUCUGUCAACUUGCAGAGUGAAAAUAUGCCGCUCAAGUUUAGGAAUUCAGGCCGAGGUGGCAAAUCUGCCAGCAAAAGCAGCUUAUCUGCAGGAGCCUCUGUGUCCCUUCCGGCCCCCACCACCCAGCGUGACAGCUUACCGGUGCUGAACUCCAAAAUUCUAUACCCAAAUAUGAGAGCUGGAAUGUCUGGAUCCUUGCCUGGCAACUCUAUUAUCAGCCGUCUGUUAAUAAGCGCUGACCCUUUUGGAUCUGAGCCAGAUAACCUGGAUUGUUACACAGAGAAGUGUGUAAUGAAUAACUAUUUUGGGAUUGGACUAGAUGCAAAAAUAUCUUUAGAUUUUAAUAAUAAACGGGAUGAGCACCCGAAAAAGUGCAGGAGCCGUACAAAAAACAUGAUGUGGUACGGAGUACUGGGGACCAAGGAGCUUUUACAGAGGACAUAUAAGAACCUUGAGCAGAAGGUGUUGCUAGAGUGUGACGGGGUGCCCAUUCCCUUGCCCAGCCUCCAAGGCAUUGCUGUAUUGAACAUCCCAAGCUACGCCGGGGGAACUAACUUCUGGGGAGGCAGCAAAGAAGACGAUACAUUUGCAGCUCCCUCUUUUGAUGAUAAGAUCCUGGAAGUGGUUGCUGUAUUUGGUAGCAUGCAGAUGGCUGUGUCCAGGGUCAUUAAGCUGCAGCAUCAUCGAAUUGCACAGUGCCGUAUGGUGAAGAUUACAGUUCUGGGAGAUGAAGGAAUUCCAGUGCAAGUGGAUGGAGAGGCCUGGGUACAGCCUCCUGGAUUUAUCCGUAUAGUGCACAAGAACAGGACGCAGACUCUGACACGAGAUAGGGCGUUUGAAAGCACAUUGAAGUCCUGGGAAGAUAAGCAGAAAUGUGAAGUUACCCGCUCUGCCACAUCGCCCCUGCAUCCAGAUGUGCUUUCUGAUGAGGAGUCCUCACAGGUGUCACGGUUUGGCCAUUCUGCAGGUGCACUCAUCCAAAGCAUUAAAGAUAUAGCCGUUUCACACCCGGACAUGGAGCAGGAAUUGGCACAUGCUGUUAACGCCAGCUCUAAAUCCAUGGAGAAUGUUUAUAAUAAGAACUCUGAGGGCCUAAGUACUGUUCAUGUAAUGGAGAUGGUUACAAAUGUCCGAGCACUUCUUAAUGAGACAGAGCUGCUACUUGGUGGGAGGAUGGCACUGCUCCUCGACCCACCUCAGAAGGAACAGCUGGUGAUGUCUCUCAAUAACACAGAGCAAGAAUUGAGGAAACUUGCCGACAUUCCUUGGUUGUGCCAGAAUACUGAACAUGGAGAUGAAGAGGGUGCACUGGAUUAUUCAAAGCUAAGACGCAGCAGUCGAUUUAGACUGGUCAACAAAUUUAAGAAGGAGAAGAACAGUCGGAACAAAGACACUGGAAACAGCACAGGACAAUCUGCUCACCUCUGGGGAACGGAGGAGGUGUCUCAAUGGUUGGAGCGGCUCAGUCUGUCUGAGUACAAGGAGGUCUUUACUCGUCAUGAUAUCCGUGGUUGCGAGCUCCUACAUCUGGAGCGCCGAGACCUCAAGGAACUGGGUGUGACCAAGGUGGGUCAUAUGAAGCGAAUCCUCCACGGAAUUCGAGAACUGAGCCCCCCUCCUGUCAGUGUGGACUAGGAUCUGUGUUCACGGCAUGCGUUGCCCAGUCUGGGUGAUAUUUCUGGCUGGUGUUGCCACAAACCUCAAGUGACUUUGUGUAGGUUCUACUGCAGCAUUGUUCUUGUCUCCAGCUGCCGUUGUGCCAUGAGAGUUUUUAUAGAGUAGAUCACAGUUGUGCCAUGAGCAGUUUUAUAGCCAGUUAUAAGUGCAUACCUGUAUGGAAUUGCUGCAGCCAAAUGCAAAUGAGCCCUGGGAAUUUCUGCAGCAUAUCAUAUUCUUGGUAUGGUUUAUUCUGUAGUCAAGGAAGUGCUCUGUAUAUUUCUGAAACCAUCUACAGAUAAUCUCCCAUGUGCCACAGCAGCCAGUUUAUGACUAAAGUAACCGUUUUUGUUUAAGUGCUACCUCGUGUGACUGGGACAGAGCUGUCCUUAGCUAUUGUAAAGUGAGCAAAGCAAAAUUCACGCCAUUGAGUGCGCACACUCUGAAUUCCCUUUUCCUUACAUACUUUGUCUGGUCGACCCAUUGCACCUCCCAGCUUCCUGCAAGUUCGACAAGUGUAAUUGUGGACCAUCUGCUUCCCCGUACUUCUUUUCCACUCAGUCCCACCAAGUGUGGGUUUCUACCUGUGUUAAUAUAAGUGCUUUUAUUUGAGGAUCCCUAUGUAAAUUGUGUAGUGUGCAAAGAGCGUUGCUUGUGAUUGUUGGUUAUUAUGAACGUAAAAAAAAAAAACUCAGCUGUGAAGUGAUGACAACACAACUCUGGUCUGUGAUCAAAAGAUUGUUUACAUUUCUAAUAGGUACAUUUCUUAAAGCAGGAAACGGCCUCUGACCAAAAUGCAAACUCCUUGACUGGCAGAGAGAGAGAAGCAACACACCGCCUCUCUGACAGUCAUGGUGUCCAAAUCUGAAGUAUGGUUUCCUGAAUCUCUUUUCCAGGAUGUGGUUGUGGGUGUCCACAUUAAAUCUUCCCUCCUUUCUCUAUCCCGGGCAGGUCCCUUCCCAUCUUUCUCUCUCUCUCUCUCCUGCUCUACCCCAUCUGUGUGUAUUUAUUGUCCCGUGCCUUACUGCAUCCCCUGCUCUGUUUCUAAAGUGAUGUUAAUUCUUGUAAAUAGUGAUAUUGUAAAGAACAUAUGCUGUUUUUACAGUAAAUGUGUUAAUAGUGACUUAAA